AUGGAGUUGUAUGAUGGCAACUUGUUUCGAAGACCGGCACGAGCACAAGCAAUACCCGUAACCGAUAUCAAAGCAUGGAAGCCACUCACAAGGCUACAGAAGCAAGCCCCGGAAGCUCUGAGACUUGAUCAGCUCUCCAUCACUGCCUCAACCAACCAUUCUCUGCCUGCUAGCCAUACCUCUCCUCCUCUUACUCCAAUUCCCCUUCUAUCACCACUCUCUGUAUCUCCUCCGCCAUUGCCAUCUGAGGCAGAAGAAUUUACAUUCCCUGUAAUAUGUGGUGAUAUUGACAAAGGGAGGGAAGCUGAUGUUGGUGAUGCAUAUUCGGACGCAAGAGUUUGGCGGCAUCCAGCAGUGGCCGGUGGAUACACUGAGCCAUCAUCCUUGUUUGCCUUCUUCCGAUCCAAAUGCGUGCUCGUUAAUCACGCACAGUCAAGAUUCUGA